AUGCAGCACUUCCAGAAGCCCGAGAAUGCGCUGCGGCGCGCGGACGAGCUCUACGCCGUCGGCCAGAAGGAGCCCGCGCUCGUGGCGCUCCACGACGUGCUCUCGUCGAAGCGGCACCGCACGUGGCAGCCGAUGAUGGAGGAGGUGAUGAAGCGGUUCCUCACCAUCUGCGUGGAGAUGCGCCGCGGCAAGGCCUCCAAGGACGGCCUCAUCCAGUACCGCAUCAUCUGCCAGCAGAUGAAUGUCAACUCGCUCGAGGAGGGAGAGGCCGAAGGGCGGGCGGCGCUGCUGGCUUGGGACGCUGCGCGGCCGCGGACGUAG